AGCUGCCAUAUUGUGCGGUAAGUUACCCAACUGCAACACCUCAGUGAUAUUGACUCGACUGAAACAUGAUGCAAGUCAUCAUGAUUGCUCGGUUGCAUGCCAUGUAUCAGAGAUCUAGAACGAUGCUUAUUUUCCUUGUUAUUAUUUUCCUGGCUGUAAACAUCACCUGUGGAGUAAUCGCGGCAAUAGUACUCGAGCAACUCGUAGGGGAGGAGUUCAUACUCUCUGGCACGUAUAUGUGCGAUUUUGGAUAUCGGGAGGAUCUCAACUCAGAGCUUCUGAUUUCAAUGAUUUGGGUGCUCAACACUGUUUGGGAGGUCCUAGCACUGUGCCUUUCAGUCUGGAUUGUUGUAAAACAUUUCCGUGACCUGCGACGACUCAGCCCAUCGACAGGACUGGCCAUCGGGGAGUGUUUCAGAGUGCUGAUAAAAUCUCACGUGCUUUAUUUUGCGAGCUUUGUUUGUGUCUCUUGCCUCGAACUUUUGGUUCUCUCUCCAGAGAUCUCGACUAUGGGAGCUGAUAUACUCAUCGAUGCUCUUCAAAUUUUUUUGGCCGUGCAGAUGUUUGUGCUGGGACCACGCCUCAUCCUUAGUGUUCGAGAAUAUCAUGCUAAGCUCGUAGCCAACUCCGACGCAGAGACUAGCAUGAAUUCGAUUGUCUUCCAGGACCGUGCACAUGUACCAACUAGCAGUACUGUGUAG